AUGCCAGAACAAGUUACGACAGCUAUAGUAGAAGGGGACUCAGCAGAUGCCAAAGACAAAGCCACACUCUGCGAGGUAAGAUUCCUUCACAAACCCCAGCCCGCGGUGCUCACCCGAGCUCCACAAUCAGGGGUGGUGCAGAGGAGGCGGCGGCUGCAGGGCGAUGCAGAGCGGCGGAGUUCUGUUCUGGAAGACCGACUAAUCUGGAAGGCUGAAGGCGGAUUGGGAUUUUCUGCAGAGGGGGCCGAGCAGACUGCAAGUUCCUUCCCGGGAGAGCGUCCGCAGCGGCGGAGAGAGGCGAGGUGCACGCCAGAUCCGCCGGUCCCGGGCUCCGAGCCUACGACGGCCUCUCCGCGGGCUGCGGACACAGCCACGCCUUACACUGACCCUUCACGGCCGCCGUCGCGCCCCCCUCCUCGACUCCCAGGGAGUAAAGAUGGACCAGACGCGAAGAAAGGCACUGCGAACUACAGGACGGAGCCAUCGCUAGAAAAAAAGGGGGGCGCUAUGUCGGUGUCACUUCCGCUUCCGUCCUGGAGUGUAGCCCGGGAGAUUCGGGUCUUGGCCACCCUGGACAGAGGUGCAUGGGUGUCUUGCCUACAUGUGUGUCUGUGCAGCAUGUGCAUGCAGAGCCUGCUGAAUCCAGAAGAGGGCAUCAGAUCCGCUGGAACCGGAGUCACAGAUAGUGAUCUGGAUGUAGAACUCUCGGCUCCUUCUCCAUCAACAUGACUGCCUGUACACUGCCAUGUUUCCUACCAUGAUGAAAAUAACGAAAUCUCUGAG